AUGGAUUCACGUUCAGAAAACGCGCUGGAGCCUGCCGCUCCUGGCCAGGCGCUCGGCUCUCUUGCUGUCUCGGAUUGUGACACUGUCUCUGCUCCUGUCUCUGCCUCUGCCUCUACUUCUACCUCUGCCUCUGUCUCUGCCCCUGUCUUUGCCUCUGAUGGAGACGCUAUCUCUGUCUCUGACGGUGACAAUGCCUCUGCAUCUGCCUACACGGGCCAGCGAUCACGGCCGACUCAACCUGAUCAACUACAAGAACUUCCUCAGCUCGCAGAAGACGUCGCAACACACAAACUUCUUCUCACAUCAGACGACAAGUCCAAACUGCAGCAGGCUGCGCCCUCCUCUCCCGACCCCCCAUCCCCUGAAUACCCAUUCGAACUGCAACAGCUUGCGAACUUCCUCCGAAACCGACCACGUUCCAACGAUCACAUAAUCGAAUUCUUCCUGCCCGUGGAGCAGUACCAACAACUGUCAGAGUUAUCAAUUGACGGUCGAUUUGCGGGAUCGCGACUUAGAUACGACUAUUCCUCCGCUACUGAAACGCUAGCUCUCAGAAUGAUUGGUGGGAAACACGAAAGUCUUACUCAAUACCUCAACAAUCGGCUGCGCUCGUUUCUCGACCGACCGGCUAUUAUUGAACAUACCUCGUCGCUCAGAUAUCAUGGCUCCGCUGACCUUGAAUAUCCGUCCCGAUGCGGUAACGGUUAUAUCGUACAUGAGCCUGAUAUCUCGAUCACAAACUUGAACAAACCCACAUACCCAGUCGUAGUUGUUGAAGUCGCACACGCGCAGUCAACAAAAGAGCUACACAAUCUUGCACGAGAAUACAUCGAGCAGACAGAAGGUCACAUCCAAACUGUGAUCACACUGGAUUUCGACUAUCCAAGGGGCAAGGGAGCAUAUCUUACAGUUUGGAAGGCGAGGUUUGGUGAAGACGGGAGGUUCAAAGAGGUAGCUCGUGGCGACAUCGUGGAAAUCCGAAACAGAGACGGUGUCAAAAACCCCGAUCCCCGGGCUGGAGUCUCCCUAUCACUCAGGGACUUCGGAGUGACUCGAUUAAGAACAAGGGCGGAUUAUCAAGUUCUCACUAUACUCGGCGACGAUGUAUACGCGAGGUUGGAAGAGUGGGAGCAAGAGAACGAACUGGUCAAAGUCGCAAGAGCUGAUUUCCUUGCGCGCGUGCAGGCACGUUCGGACCUUAAAAGACGACGAAACGGCGAGGUCGCACGUCCGGAAGGAAUGAAAAGGCGAAGACGAUAG